CCCCAAGGAAUAGUUCCUUGUCGGGUUAUCGGAAGCCAUUGGAGUUAUUGAAGCGAACCAAGGGGCUCGUCAAUAAUGGGCAACAUAGACACCUCUGGGUGUGGAAUUGCUGGUGAUAGGUUUCGGCGAUGGGGCUGGGUGGCAGCUGCUCUGUUUGCAGUCCUUCUGGCUACGACAGUGAUUCCAAGGAGAACUUUCUUCUUUAGAAAUUCAAAGAAGACCUGCGAGUUAGCGGACUCCAGAAAGUAUACGGGCAUCGUGGAAGACUGUGCUUGUGGCUAUGAAACCGUGGAUUCUCUCAACAAGGAGGUAUUGCAUCCCAUUCUACAAGAGCUUGUCGGUACACCCUUCUUCCGGUAUUUUAAGGUUAAAUUGUGGUGUGAUUGCCCAUUUUGGCCUGAUGACGGGAUGUGUCGUCUUCGUGAUUGUAGUGUUUGUGAGUGUCCUGAUAAUGAGUUCCCUGAGCCAUUCAAGAAGCCCUUUGUUGGGCUUUCAUCUGAUGAUCUCAUUUGUCAGGAGGGGAAACCAGAAGCUGUUGUGGACCGCACACUAGAUAGAAAAGCUUUUAGAGGGUGGGUUGAGAUUGACAAUCCAUGGACAAAUGAUGAUGAAACGGAUAAUGCGGAGAUGACAUAUGUUAAUCUCCAACUAAACCCUGAACGCUACAGCGGUUAUGUUGGUCCAUCAGCUAGAAGGAUAUGGGAUGCUAUUUAUACUGAAAACUGCCCACGAUAUUCUUCAGGAGAAAUUUGCCCAGAGAAAAAAGUUUUGUUUAAGUUGAUUUCUGGAUUGCAUGCUUCAAUCUCAGUGCACAUUGCUUCAGAUUAUCUUUUUGAUGAAGCUACAAAUAUGUGGGGACAAAAUUUGGAGUUGCUGUAUGACCGUGUUUUGAGAUACCCAGAUCGUGUCAGAAAUUUAUAUUUUACAUUUUUGUUUGUUCUUCGGGCUGUAACAAAGGCUGCAGAUUUUUUAGAACAAGCAGAGUAUAGCACAGGUAAUGCAGAUGAAGACCUGAAAACUCAGUCUCUAGUUCGGCAAAUUGUCUUCAAUCAAGACCUGCGGGCUGCUUGUCCAGUGCCUUAUGAUGAGGCCAAGUUAUGGCAGGGUGAUAGUAGUCCUGAGCUAAAGCCGCAAAUUCAGAAGCAAUUCAGAAAUAUCAGCGCAUUGAUGGAUUGUGUUGGAUGUGAGAAAUGCCGGUUAUGGGGAAAGCUUCAAGUUCUUGGUCUAGGAACAGCAUUGAAGAUCCUUUUCUCUGUUAAUGGUCAGAACCAUGCCAAUCAGCUGUUGCAGUUGCAGCGGAAUGAAGUCAUUGCGUUAAUAAAUCUUCUGAACAGGUUGUCGGAGUCUGUUAAUUUUAUACAUGAGAUGGGUCCAUCUGCUGAAAACAUAAUGAAAAGAAGGCCAUCCUCACAAGCAAGGCAGACUCCCUCAUAGCAAUUUGAAGAACAAAACAAAGUAUACUUACGGCAGAUUAAUUGAUACAGACUGUUUGAUCAGUAGCUGCUGGAAGAGUGAAUUUGUUUAGGAUACGCCAAACCAUUUUCAACAUGCAUCUUAGUAUAUUAUAGCAUUGGGGGUGUAUGCAAAGCCAUCCGUAUAGGAGUAACGUAAUGCGGGAGAACUACUUACUGUUCUGAGUGACAGUUUUCAUUAUUAUUAAACUUUAUGUAGCCUUGCUUUUGAACGUUAAUGAAGCAAUUCAUGCCAUUUUCAGUGAAAGAAAGGAUCUGA